UUUGCACUUUUGUUGCAAGUUCUUUUUUUUCAUAUAUAACUUCAAACAAACCUGUUGUUUUUUUUUCCAGAGUACUAUUAAAGAGGCUGGAAAGGCAUUUGAUUCAGAAACCUUGUGAACUAUGGUAGGACACUGAUCUUCUGGUAAAUCUCUGGUAAGUGAGGGAAAGCAUAGACAUCCAGGAUUUUAAGGACUUGAGUAGCUGAUUACACUACAGACGGAGUCUAUGGGCUGUGUUCCGCAGCUGAAGUAGCAUUUUUUUUGCGCCCAGUCAUUUGAAGUGGUCUUUCUGAUAAUGAUGUAUCUUAAUGGCUCAAGGUGUUUUAUCAGUAAGCAUGCGUGAAGAGGAACAGUCUUUUCAUGUCCGUUACAGGAUGGAAGCCUCUUGUCUUGAGUUGGCUCUAGAAGGCGAGCGGUUGUGUAAAGCAGGUGACUGUCAGGCUGGAGUAUCUUUCUUUGAAGCUGCAGUUCAAGUUGGGACUGAAGACCUCAAGAUUCUUAGUGCUAUAUACAGCCAACUUGGAAAUGCAUAUUUUUAUUUACAGGAGUACUCUAAAGCAUUAGAAUAUCACCAUCAUGAUUUAACUCUUGCUAGAACAAUUGGUGAUCGAAUUGGUGAAGCUAAAGCUAGUGGUAAUCUUGGGAAUACCUUAAAAGUGUUGGGGAAGUAUGAUGAAGCUGUAUCCUGUUGUCAGAGACAUUUAGAUAUCUCUGCAGAACUUGGUGAUAAGGUUGGGGAAGCAAGGGCGCUUUACAACCUUGGAAAUGUGUACCACUCUAAGGGCAAAAGUAUUGGCUCACUUGGUGCUCAAGAUCCAGGAGAGUUUACAGAGGAUGCAAAGCAUGAUUUGCAGAAAGCUUCAAAUUACUAUGAGGCAAAUUUAGUCCUUGUCCAAGAACUUUUAGACAGAGCAGCUCAGGGUCGUGCUUACGGCAAUCUAGGAAACACACAUUAUCUUUUAGGAAAUUUCAGGAAAGCUGUGUGGUACCAUGAGCAGCGUCUCCUGAUUGCAAAGGAAUUUGGUGACCGAGCAGCUGAAAGACGAGCCUACAGCAACCUGGGAAAUGCUUACAUAUUUCUUGGUGAAUUUGAAGUAGCAGCUGAAAAUUAUAAAAAAACUCUGUUACUUUCUCGGCAACUAAAAGAUCGUGCUGUGGAAGCGCAGGUGUGCUAUAGUCUGGGAAACACUUAUACUUUAUUGCAAGACUAUGAAAAAGCAAUUGAGUACCAUCUGAAGCACCUUGUCAUUGCCCAGGAACUUGAUGAUAGAGUUGGUGAAGGCAAAGCAUGCUGGAGCUUAGGGAAUGCCUAUACUGCUCUGGGAAAUCAUGAACAAGCUAUGCAUUUUGCUGAAAGACACCUAGACAUUUCGAAAGAGGUUGGGGACAGAAGUGGAGAACUAACUGCUAGAAUGAACCUCUCUGAUCUUCAGAUGGUGCUGGGCCUUAGCUACAGUGCUAACAACUCUGUUUUAUCCAAAUCCCUCAGUACAGAGUUUCCAUCAGCUGGAUCUAAACCUAAGCCUGGCCGGAGGGUCAGUAUGGAAAAUUUGGAACUUAUGAAGAUGACUCCCGAAAAGGCUCACAACUGGAACAGUGAAAUUCUUGUAAAGCAGAAACCUCUUAUCGGAAAGCCAUCAACAAAGUUGCUUUUCGUAAAUCGACUGAAAGGCAAAAAGCAUAAAACCAGCAGCACUUCUACAAAAGUUCUUCAGGAUAGAAGCAAUUCUAAUGAUAUUAAAGUCCACGUUCCUCAUAGGUACUAUCUUAGGAAAUGGCGACGGAUACGAGAUCAACAUUGGUCUCUCCCUGGUUCUGUAAGGUGGCCACAGUCGUGGCACCAGGGAGAUGUGACGAAGGUUGAAAAGAGAAUAAGCCUUGACAUGCAGGGGGAUGAAGGAUUCUUUGAUCUGCUUAGUCGAUUUCAAAGCAACAGGAUGGAUGACCAGAGGUGUGCUUUAAAAGAUGAACAAAGCAAACUGACAGCAGCAAAGUCUGAUGCAGUUUCCACCAUCUCAAGAGACAUGCAGAAUUCGUCUUCAGCAUCUGUGGCUUCUCCUCGUACGGAUGAAUUUCUGGACCUCCUUGCAAGUUCACAGAGCCGUCGACUGGAUGAGCAGCGGGCCAGCUUUAGUAAUCUUCCUGGAUUACGUUUAAAGGAUGACAAUUUGGUGCUGAACCACUUGCUAUCAACGGGAGAUAAGAAAGAAGCAGAAGAAGAUUUCUUUGAUAUGCUGAUAAAAUGUCAGGGGUCCCGACUUGAUGACCAAAGAAGUGCACCACCUCCUGUAGCACCAAAGGGACCAACGGUUCCAGAUGAAGACUUCUUUGGCCUUAUUUUGCGUUGUCAGGGGAAAAGAAUAGAUGAACAGCGUGUCAAUUUACCCACAGACCUGAAAAGAUCUAACACCAGUUAAAAUGACCAUUAAUGUACUUUUUUCUGUCUCUUAAUCUAAUGUAAUUUAAAUGUAGAUUAGAUGCAUUGAAGAAGCUGUAUUUUUGAAUGCAUCAUUUAUUUCAUGUGGGUUGAAAAAUGUACUGAACAGUUCUCCCAUUCUGAAUCUGGAAGUGGAUCAGUACAACACAGAGAUGCUCCCUGCUUCCACUGAGUGAUUUUGAGCAAAUGAUUUCUUAUUGAUAAAAAAAUUGAUAAUGGUGUGUAGCACUGAAUAAUUCACUGCAUUCACUGCCGUUUCUUUGCAAGUGUGAGAGCUGCUGUUAACUUUAUAUUUAGAGUUUGUGCAGAAGAACCUGUUAGCCUUUACUGUGGUUCUUUUUUAUCUCUGUAUGUUAAGGUAAGCUAAUGGUACUUUUAAAUUUUAAUUAUUUAACACUUGAUUUUUUUUUUUUUAAAUCGUAAUGUGUGUAUUUAAAUUUUAAGAUCUUCAGGGACUGGCAAAGGACUGCAGUUUCCAGUUAAGAUUUUUUUUGUAUUGAAAAGAUUCAUUGAACUUUGUUGUAAAUGUCACACAUUGAUAGAAAAUGAGUAUGCUUGUAAAAUAUUAAGAUGCUAUUUUUCCUGUCUGUUUUCAUCAUCCUUGUGAAACUGGAAGAGUGCUUUCCCUGUCAGUGUUCUGCUUGCAGGUAUCAUUGCUGACAUCACAUCAUAUGUUGAUGAACAACACAGUGUGUUCCAUCUUUGAAUGAAUUAUGCUGUGGAAAUCUUGGUGUCUUGCUCAGAAAUUGGUAAUAAAAUUCAGUGAAAACCUGA